CGUCUCUUUUGGGGGAGGUGAUGGAGGGGCAAGAAAGUCGAGUUGUCUUCUAUCAUGAAGUUUUAUCGUACCGUUACGGCAUGCCGUGWUGUACGGUAUGUUGUUGUAUUCUGUGUUCACUCAGGCCUCUUUAACUCGUGACGGCAAAUCUUUUCUGAGUUCAUCCUUCGAAGCUAACAAAAUUGUUCCGACUACCAUUAGAUAACACAAUGAAUACUUGCAAUUURAAGAUGAAAGUACCCAUCGCAGUUGCUGUGUUUGCUGUUUCCUGCAGCUCAGUAAUGGGAUUCGCCCCUGUCCAUCACAGCAACCAAAUUUGCGCGAUUUCUGCAGACCCUCAGGCACCAACUGCAACAUGUCUUUACGCUGGUGGUUUCGGUGGCGGUGGCAUGGGCAAGAAAUCAGGAAGCAAUAAGAAGAAGAAAAAUUCCAGCAAGGAGAUCAAGCUCAAACCCAAACAACAAUGGGAUCGUUACUCUGAAUUCAAGCGAGAGCCGAAAAUCCAAGUGGCUGUCCGCAUCAAGGAGGGUGGUUCAGAUGAAUGGCUAGAAGUUGGCCGGGUCAAGAGUAAAGAUAACAAAUUCAUCGAGGCCGCCGUCUUUCGGCAGCGCGCUAUUAUUGCCGAGGUAAGUUAUUUUGUUCCCUUGUAACCCACUUGGUGAAAUUGAAGGGCCCGGCUCAUGUUUAGUUGCUGUUGAAUAAUUCGAUGUUUUCGGAAAAAAUAGCACGCAAAACGCUUGUAUCCAGUGCAACUGUCCAGCAAGAAAAGCCUCGAAUGGGGAUACAAGUCAAGCGAAGAGGCUGAGGAAACCACCGAAUGGAAAGCUGUUGACAAGUCUAGCAUGAACGAGGUGGUGGAACUUGAUGGAUUCGAAAAAGUGAUCGGCUUCGAGGGACGUCCUGAUCCGUCGUCCGGAUUUUACUGCGUCUAUGAUGGUGGUCGAUUGAAGAUAGGCGAGGAGACAUCUUUUGUGUAAAUAAUAGCUCAAGUUAAGACGAAAUGCUUUGAAUUAUGAUUCAUCAUUACUAUCAAGAACGAGAUAACUAAAAAGAUCAACGAUGC